AUGGAGGGCCAGGGCGUCAGUGGCAGCGGGAGGCCGGGGACCCGGGCUGGCCUGGGUCCCCUGCCCAUGCCCCAAGGGAUUUCCCAAACUGGGGCACCCUCCAAGAAGAUGGACUCACGUUUUCAGCUCCCAGCGAAGGAGAAUGCAGCCCCAGUACCAUCGGAACCAAGGUUGGCUCUGGCACCUGUGGGGCCACAAGCAGCGAUGCCACCUUCCUCAGUGGGGCCAAGGCUGGCUCUGGCGCCUCCCCGACCCAUCCUGGCUUCAAUGUCUGUGGGCCAGUUGGUGACGUCUGCCUCGGCUGGGCCGAAGCCUCCUCCAGCAACCUCAGGCUCAGUCCUGGCUCCAACAUCCCUGGGGCAGCUGGUGACGUCUGCCUCGACUGGGCCAAGGCCUCCCCCAGCUACCCUGGGGCCCAGGCUGGCUCCACUGUCCAGGGACCAGAAGCAGGUGCCACCUGCCUCUAUGGGACCCAAGCCAGCACUGGCAGCUUCAGGCCUGAGCCUGGCCAUGGCAUCUGAGAAACAGCCCCUCCAGCCCCCCUCCAGCCCUUCCGCAGUGCCCAGUCGGGUUCCGUUGCCCUCUCAGGAACAGGCCGUGGCUCCAGCAACCAUCACAUCAGCCCCGGCCUCUGUGGGAUGGACACCAGCUAAACAGAGGGAUGCCCCAGCCCCUAGAGCUCUUCCCACUUCUGAAGGGCAUCUCCAGCCGCCAACUCAGGCAUCUGGUCCUGUGGGCUCCCCAUCCUUGAUUCAAGCCCCCCCAGACCCUCGGAUCUCCCCCUCCUUCAGAGCCCGGCCUGAGGCCCCCCGCAGCAGUCCUGAGGAUCCUGUCUUCUCCCGGCCACCCCAGACCCUGCCCCUGGAUGCGGGCCAGGGUCCUCCAGAGCCUGGCACUCGCUCUCCAGGGCUUCUGUCCCCCACCUUCCGGCCAGGGGCCCCCUUAGCCCAGACUGUGCCCCCACCUCUGCCCAAGCCACCCCGAUCUCCCAGCCGCUCCCCCAGCCGCUCCCCCAACCGCUCCCCAUGUGUCCCCCCAGCCGCUGAGAUGGCCCUCCCCAGGCCUGGCACCCAGAGUGCAGGGCCUGGCGGACACCUGAGCCCCAACCUUCAGCCCAGAGCUACCCCAGCCCCGGUUACCACCUCCUCUUCUACAUCCACUUCAUCCUCCUCCUCUUGGUCAGCUCAGCCCACCUGCAAGAGUGACCCCGGCUUCUGGAUCACUGUGGUCACGUGGAACGUGGGCACCGCCAUGCCCCCCGACGAUGUCACAUCCCUCCUCCACCUGGGCAGCAGCGGCGAUGACCGUGACAGGGCAGACAUGAUCGCCAUAGGGUUGCAGGAAGUGAACUCUAAGAUCAACAAGCGGCUCAAGGACGCUCUCUUCACGGACCAGUGGAGCGAGCUCUUCAUGGACGCUCUGGGGCCCUUCAACUUCGUGCUGGUGAGCACUGUGCGGAUGCAGGGCGUCAUUCUGCUGCUGUUCGCCAAGUACUACCACCUGCCCUUCCUGAGGGACGUGCAGACGGACUGCACGCGCACGGGCCUGGGCGGCUAUUGGGGCAACAAGGGCGGAGUGAGCGUGCGACUGGCCGCCUUCGGGCACAUGCUGUGCUUCCUGAACUGCCACCUGCCGGCCCACAUGGACAAAGCGGAGCAGCGCAAGGACAACUUCCAGACCAUCCUCAGCCUCCAACAGUUCCAGGGGCCUGGCGCUCAAGGCAUCCUGGAUCACGACCUCGUGUUCUGGUUCGGGGACCUGAACUUCCGCAUCGAGAGCUACGACCUGCACUUCGUCAAGUUUGCCAUCGACAGCGAGCAGCUUCACCAGCUCUGGGAGAAAGACCAGCUCAACAUGGCCAAGAACACCUGGCCCAUCCUGAAGGGCUUUCAGGAGGGGCCCCUCAACUUUGCGCCCACCUUCAAGUUUGAUGUGGGUACUAACAAAUAUGAUACCAGUGCCAAGAAGCGGAAGCCGGCCUGGACAGACCGUAUCCUGUGGAAGGUCAAGGCUCCAGGUGGAGGUCUCAGCCCCUCAGGACGGGAGAGCCACCGGCUCCAGGUGACCCAGCACAGCUACCGCAGCCACAUGGAGUACACUGUCAGUGACCACAAGCCCGUGGCUGCCCAGUUCAUCCUGCACUUUGCCUUCAGAGACGAUGUGCCGCUCGUGCAGCUAGAGGUGGCGGACGAGUGGGUGCGGCCGGAGCAGGCAGUGGUGAGGUACCGCAUAGAGACGGUGUUCGCCCGCAGCUCCUGGGACUGGAUCGGCUUGUACCGGGUGGGUUUCCGCCACUGUAAGGACUACGUGGCUUAUGUCUGGGCCAAACACGAGGAUGUGGAUGGGAACAUCUACCAGGUGAUGUUCAGCGAGGAGUCACUGCCCAAAGGCCACGGAGACUUCAUCCUGGGCUAUUAUAGCCACACCCACAGCAUCCUCAUCGGGGUCACUGAGCCCUUCCAGAUCUCGCUGCCUACCUCGGAGCUGGCCAGCAGCAGCACAGACAGCUCAGGCACCAGCUCAGAGGACGAGGAUGACAGCACCCUGGAGCUACUUGCACCCAAGUCCCGCAGCCCCAGCCCUGGCAAGUCCAAGCGGCACCGCAGCCGAAGCCCAGGCCUGGCCCGUUUCCCCGGCCUUGCCCUGAGGCCCUCGUCCCGUGAACGCCGUGGUACCAGCCGAAGCCCCUCGCCCCAGAGCCGCCGCCUGCCCCGGGUGGCCCCCGACAGGGGCAGUGAUGGUGGCAGCCAGGGCAGCAGUGAGGAGGGGCCCCCUGGGCUGCCUGGGGCCUGGGCCUUCCCGCCAUCUGUGCCUCGAAGCCUGGGCUUGCUGCCUGCCUUGCGCCUGGAGACUGUAGACCCUGGCGGUGGUGGCUCCUGGGGACCUGAUCGGGAGGCCCCAGCCCCCGACAGCCUGUCUCCCAGCCCCCAGGGUCGGCAGGGGCUGGAGGAAGGGGGUCUGGGGCCCUAAGGGUGGGGUGGGCAGGCGGG